UAAGCCCGGGAAAAAGCAUCAUGCCUCCUUUCAACACCUCUCAUCCUUCUCCUGUCACCUUCUUGCUGAUGGGCAUCCCAGGACUAGAGCACCUGCAUGUCUGGAUUGGGAUUCCCUUCUGCUCCAUGUACGUGGUGGCUGUGGUGGGGAAUGUGAGCAUCCUGGCCGUGGUGAAGGCAGAGCGGAGUCUCCAUGAGCCUAUGUUCUUCUUUUUGUGCAUGCUCUCCGUCACUGACCUGGUCCUCUCCACAUCUACACUGCCUCGGAUGCUGUGUCUCUUCUGGCUUGGAGUCCAUGACAUUGCCUUUGAUGUCUGUCUAGCCCAAAUGUUCUUCAUUCAUAGUUUUACUGCUAUGGAAUCUGGCUUUUUUCUGGCCAUGGCCUUUGACCGUUACGUGGCCAUUUGUCAUCCACUGCACCAUACUACCAUUCUCACCCAUGCACGCAUCACCAUAAUGAGUAUUAUUGUGGUGAUUAGGGGUGUAGCCUUCUUUUCUCCACAUCCCAUCCUGCUCAAACAACUUCCCUACUGCAGAUCACGAAUUAUUGCCCACACCUAUUGUGAGUUCAUGGCCGUGGUGAAGCUGGCAUGUAUGGACAUAGGGGCCACCAAGAGUUAUAGCCUCAGUAUGGCUUCUAUCAUUGGCUCAUGUGAUGCAAUUCUCAUUGCUGUAUCCUAUGCCUUCAUCCUCUGCUCUGUAUUCCGUCUGCCAUCCCGAGAAGCUAGCUUUAAGGCUCUGGGCACAUGUGGGUCACAUGUCUGUGUUAUUCUUGUCUUCUAUUCCACAGCUGGUUUUUCCAUUUUCACUCACCGUUUUGGGAAAAAUGUGCCUGCACAUGUCCAUAUUUUUAUUGCAAAUAUGUACCUUUUGGUGCCCCCUUUUCUCAACCCUAUUGUAUAUGGAGUAAGGACCAAGAAAAUACGGGAACAUGUUAUUAGGACAUUAAUGGUCAAAGUUGCUUGA